CGCCCUGAACAAAUCCUUCAGAUUUCAUAUUGAAAACGACGUAGUCCUCCAGUGCUUUACAUCGAAAAGAGGUUGAAUUAUAUUUCCGUUUGUACCCCUGUCACUUCAUAUCCGUUGAAAAACAUAAACUAAUGUCAGUUGUUUGGAGAAGCUACAUCGGAGUUUCAUAGGUUUCCAAUUAGGGUUUGGCUGCGCACAUCCUUGAAUGCAAUUACGAGGUAUGGAUCGGUCUUUACUUUUCUUAAUUCACGUAAUUCUCUGGAACUUACGAAAGACUAAAGACUUAGUGAACGCGUUACAUCAAGUAGGAGAACUUGUACUAUCAAUAGCAGCUAAAGAAUUUGCAGUUCCUAUGAUUUUAAUGAAUCAUGAAGAAACAGAUGAGGCCAUGGUGAUGAGGUGUUUAAUAGCGCUAGUUCUGAUUGUGUUGAAAAGUCUUUUUAAGUGUCAAGAAGCUUUUGUAGAUGUGUUGAGAGAAGCAGAGGGAGCGGUGAUUAAGUUUUGUAUGGAGAGUGAAAGGCCGAGAGUGGCGGUGAUUAUGUCGGCACCUGCUCGGUGGUGUGAACUUGAUUUGAAUUUGCUGGAAGAAAUUAGGGGGAGACUCAGAAGUCCUACUGACCAGGCGCGUUUUCGUGGGGUGUGUAAGGCUUGGCAUGAUGUUCGUCCGGUUAAAAUGAUGAAAUCGAUACCGUGGCAAGUUAAAUUGGACCGUGAAAUUCCGAAGGCUGCUGAUAAGUUAGAAUUUCGAGUGUAUGACCCGUCAUCAAUGUCUGCUUUUGUUCAUAAUAUCUUUUGGGCUGAUUUAGGUAUUCCCUCUCCUUCGUCUUAUAAGAAUAUAGGGGCUAGUCGUAAGAAUAACUGGUUUUUUAUUUGUAUUAGUAAGCCAAGAUUGUUUUUUUGGACGCGUAGAUACUUUUUAUUUCAUACCCCAUACACCAGAAAAACUAUCAAACUCCCAACAUUAGACUAUCCAUCUCGUUUUAAGUUCAGAAGAACGUUCUCCACUGACCCUGAGUCUCCGAAUUGUGUCUUCUUUCUUUCGGAUACUUUUGAUGCAGACAAAAUUGUUGUUAUAACAUAUUGCAAGAGUGACACAAAAUGGACGGCUAGAGAGUUUGAAAGAGUUCAGGAGUUUGUCCCUUGUGAUUGCAUCCCUAUAUACUUUCGAGAAAUCUUCUACCUUGUUUCUCCCUUUGGACAAGUCGCAUCCUAUAAUAUUGUUGAUGACGAAUUUAAGUUUGAGAGUUUGUUAAUAGAUGAAAGUUUUGUUCUAAAUUACAAUUCAUUUAGGAUAUACCAAGUGUUUGAGUUAAAUGGAGAGCUCAUGCUCAUUUAUUUUGGCUCAAAGAAAAAGGACAAUGACAGUCGCCCCGGCAAGCAGUGUAUAAGAAUGUAUGAUUGGUCAAACAAGGUUUGGAUUCCAGUGAGCACCCUUGGGGAUAAUGCAAUAUUUGUUGGCGACCAAAUUCUUUCAGUUGCUAUAGUUAAUACAGAGGAAACGAAAAAUUGUGGAGUAUUACCAAACAAGAUAUAUCGCUUUUAUGAUUUUGGGUGCAUUAUUUAUUCCUUGGAGGAUGGCAACUUAGUCGAAUAUACGCCUAUGUAUUCUAACUUACUGGGGGAUGGUUGUGGUGAUUUACCUGAAUUCAAGUACAAUUGUGGGAUUACAUUUUGGGAUGCGACCAAGGCGUUUUAUUGGUUGGAACCGCCCACUGUCAUGUACAAACAAUCAAGCAGAUUUCAUGCUAGUACCUAAAGCAGAUUGUAAAGUGCCCUGCUGUGCAAUUAGCAAAAAGAAAAAAAAAGAAAAAAAAAGUGCCAGUGCUGUGGUGGUCGACGCGCCUUACCUGCAUGGAAAAAACAAGGCGGAGAGAAGAAAAGCUAUACUUUGUAUGUGAUUGCAGAUGAUUAUGCUGGUGACUUGGCUUUUCUUGAUCAUGAGCUUGAAGUUAAAAUUCCCUAUAAAUAGAAAAAAAAAAGUGAAAAAAAAGAGAGAGAAGUUAUAUAUUGUGCGGGGCCUUUUUAUUUUUGAAGUGUUCUGUUGUUUAUUUUUAGUAAGCUUUCAGUUUAUCUUAACUUAUCCAAUUUGGUGAAUUGGAUGUAUAAUUAUGUAUUGUUGUGAGAUUAUAAUGUGAUAUAUACAUCAGCUCCUUGUUGUUU